AAGCAGAAGCAGAAGAAGAAGAAGAAGAAGCAAAAGCAGAAAGAGGAGGAGGAGGAGGGGUAGAAGGAGAAAGAGACGACACAUAUUUAACGGUUAAAGAUGACGACUUCAUGGAGUGACCGUCUGCAGAACUAUGCAGACCUACCAGCCAACAUGGACGGCGUGGCCAUGAAGAAGUAUCGACGUGAAGCUCACCACAGAGUAUUUGUCAACCGAAGCUUGGCCAUGGAGAAGAUCAAAUGUUUUGGCUUUGAUAUGGAUUACACUCUGGCUGUUUAUAAAUCUCCUGAAUAUGAAUCGCUGGGCUUCGACUUGACAGUGGAGCGCCUGGUAUCCAUCGGAUAUCCACAAGAGCUGCUCAACUUCGUCUACGACCCGUCCUUCCCCACCAGAGGUCUGGUUUUCGACACCAUGUAUGGAAACCUGCUCAAAGUGGAUGCCUAUGGGAACAUCCUGGUGUGUGUGCACGGAUUUAACUUCUUGAGGGGACCUGAUAUAAGAGAGAUGUACCCCAACAAAUUUAUUCAACGUGGAGACACGGACCGUUUCUACAUCCUCAACACGCUCUUCAACCUGCCAGAAACCUACCUCUUUGCUUGCCUGGUUGAUUUCUUCAGUAACUGCUCCAGAUACACAAGUUGUGAGACUGGCUUUAAAGAUGGUGACCUUUUCAUGUCCUACAAGAGCAUGUUCCAGGAUGUCAGAGACGCUGUGGACUGGGUUCAUUUCAAGGGGUCCUUAAAAGAAAAGACGGUUGAAAACCUAGAGAAGUAUGUGGUGAAGGAUCCGAAGCUUCCUCUCCUCCUCAGUCGUAUGAAUGAAGUAGCCAAGGUAUUUCUGGCUACCAACAGUGAUUACAAAUACACAGAGAAAAUUAUGACCUACCUGUUUGACUUUCCCCACGGUCCCAAGCCUGGCACACCUCACCGGCCCUGGCAGUCUUACUUUGACCUGAUCCUGGUGGAUGCCCGCAAACCUGUCUUUUUUGGAGAGGGAACAGUGCUGCGGCAGGUCGACACUACCACAGGUCGGCUGAAGAUUGGCACAUACACUGGACCUCUCCAGCAUGGUAUUGUUUACUCUGGAGGUUCUUCAGACAUUGUUUGUGACUUGCUGGGUGCUAAAGGAAAGGACAUCAUCUACAUUGGAGACCACAUUUUUGGUGACAUUCUCAAAUCGAAGAAGCGUCAGGGCUGGAGGACUUUCCUGGUGAUACCUGAGCUGGCCCAGGAGUUACACGUGUGGACUGACAAGAGCUCCAUAUUUGAGGAACUCCAGUCUCUGGAAUGCUUCCUGGCAGAGCUUUACAAGCAUCUGGACAGCAGCAGCAAUGAGAGGCCAGACAUCAGCUCGCUGCAGAGACGGAUUAAGAAAGUGACUCAUGACAUGGACAUGUGCUACGGCAUGAUGGGAAGUCUGUUUCGCAGUGGAUCUCGACAGACACUGUUUGCAUCCCAAGUCAUGCGUUAUGCUGACCUGUACGCCGCCUCCUUCAUCAACCUGCUGUACUACCCCUUCAGCUAUCUGUUCAGAGCUGCACACGUACUGAUGCCUCAUGAGUCGACAGUGGAGCACACCCACGUCAAUAUCAUUGACACAGAGUCGCCACUGGCCACCAGAAACCGCCAUGACGUCAACUUUAAGGAAAUGGAGUGCAAACGGCACCAGCUGACCCGUUCCAUCAGUGAGAUCCAGCCACCCCACUUCUUCCCUCAGGCUCCACAAGAGAUCACCCACUGCCAUGAUGAGGAUGAUGAUGAGGAGGAGGAGGAGGAGGAAGAAGAAGAGUAGAUGGUCAAAGAAGAACAGGAAUCUGCAGAUGAGCCUUGCUGUCACGUUCAGUACAUCCUGUUUUCAUUUUUUUAAGGUUUUUUUUUUUUUUGGUUAAUAACUAAAGGGCUGUAGCAGAGGAGUCUGACCUGGUCUGUGGACUACUGUAGAUUCAAGUGGUCUCGCUACAUCCCAAUAAUUGAAUCUGUCCAUGGUUAAAAGAGAUUUCUAAAGUGAGUUUAGAUUUAUAUUUUUAUGAUUCAGGCAGUGAAACUAAAAAUGACAAAGAAGUGUAGAAGAUAUAUCUAUAAAGUGAAAGAAAAGAACUGCAGAGGACCAAAAUUGCCAAAAUCAAAAAUAAACAACUAAAUGACAUAAUAAAUAAAUUAAUAACAUGCUGUCAAAAGUUGACAACAUCCAUUUUCUAUAUCACCUAUCUUUCAGGGUGAGGGGCAGGGUACACACCCUGGACUGGUUGCCAGGGCUGACACACAAAGACAGACAACCACACACGCACACACUCACACCUAGAGGCAAUGUACAGUCAGUGCAAUGCCAGUCAACCUAAUGUGCAUGUUUUUGGAACAGGGAGAUCAUGCAGACUCCACACAGAAGGACCCAGAUCGGAAUUCGAACCCUCUUGUUCUGAGAUGACAGAGCUAACAACUUCACCACCGUGCUGCCCAAGUUUACGAUAUGACAUACUUUAAAUGACGACACCCCUCACAGAAGCAGAAAUGCAUGAAGAAAUGUAAAAAGAAACAUAGAAAUACAUGUGGGGAAACACGUAGGAUUGUAAGGGGAAAAAAAUGCAAAAAUAAAUACAUAAAAAAUAAGUCCUUUAAAAAACGAAUCAGUAAAUAAAAUAGAAACUUAAAUGAUAAGAAAUUGAAGAAUUAGUACAAAGGGAAAUGUAUGUACAUUUAUUUUUAUUAUUAUUUUGAUGCAUUUAAUGGCAUAUUAAUUUAUUUAUUGUCCUUUAUUUACUUAUUUAUAUUUGAUUUUGGCAGUUUGGAUUCUCCAUAAAGAACUUGCUUAAGGUAGUGCCUGCUUUUGUAAGGGGAUCAUUCAUUUAUCAGUGCAGUAUACAUUCAUUAAGUUGUACUGUAAACAUUUCGCUGCCAUGCUGCUUACUCCUGCACCUCUCCCUUUAAAAGAUGCAUAACGUUGAGGUGAAGAGGUCAGCCUUUAUCUUUCUUAACCUGUCUUAAAGGAACAAUCCAUUCUAAAACUGUUGAGAUAGCCACACUAGUCACAUACUUGCCAUUUUUGGGACCGUAUUGUUUUUUUUGUUUUUUUUGAGGUGACAUUUUUGUGUCCUCACUUCCAAAGAAUAAUGGCCAAAUGUAGAGAUGAGACGAUAUGCUUGUGGUUUCUUGAAAGGAAUUCUGGCAAAUGUUGGAACUAAAUAACGGCAUUUUUGAGGGUAAAGUUUUACUUUAAGAGAACUGAAACGUCGUUUGUUUAUUAAACACAACUGCUGACAGCUUCUGGAUAUUUUUUGAAUAUUUUUACAAUAUUUUUUGUUCAGCAGAUAGAUUGUAAUUCCUAUUGCUUAGAGUAGGAACACAUUUCCCAUAUCCCACAGAAGCAGAAAAACUCAAGGUUGUUUAAAAUUGCUAAAAAAAAAAAGUCAUGUGGAUAAUACACUGUACAGUGGAUUCUGAAACGGUUACUGCCUUACUCAUCUUGCUUUGAGUUGAUUCAUUAAGCGUAAAUGAAAAUUAAUGUUGAACAUUAAUGUUGAAAUAUUUGCAUCUAAAGAAUGACAAGUGAAAUGUAUGGAGGGCCACUUCUGCCAGAAAAUAAUGAAUAGUUAAGAUGAAUUAGAAUAACAGUCGAGGUUAAAAUAAGAUUCCAGGUCAGUGUUUUGUCUUUCAGAGGUAAAAUUUGCCACAUCUUAAAUUUUCAAAAUCAAAACACAUAACUAAAUUCUAAUUAUGAUAAAUAUCACUAUUUCAAAAUUAUUCUGUCCAAGUCUAAAUUUUGUGUUCCUUGAUUGCUAAAUUUGACAUAUCAGCUCAAAAAUUUGAAUUGUAAAGUCAAACUUUUGUCACGCUAUCCCCUGAUUUUGACUCGGUGUGAGUGUUUGUGUUUUUGCCAUUUGGAAAGCUUUGUGCCUGUAUUGGUCUUCCAUAGGGAAGCGAACCUGCUGCUGUUCUGACUGCAGUUUGAACAUGAUCAGGACUGUCUCUAGUGCCAUCUGCUGUAAACAUGCUGUUACUGUAAUAUGAGAAAGGGCCAGUCUCCAUAUGCACUAAUGACACCACAGCUACUGUCAACAUAAUGAGGAUGCAGCAGUGUGUUUUAUUGCUGUUAGAUGUUUUAAAUUUUACUUUUUUUAUCAUGCGUUUAUUUUGCUGCCUUGAUUUUUAAAGGACCUGUUUGCCAAAAAAAGUCACAUCUGCUGAUAUGAUCAUACAGCGUUGAUCCUUAGAUAAGGGGGACUGCGGCUAUUUAAAAUCUCUCUGAUUGACAGACGGCUAAUCCAGCAUGUUUUACUGUGUGAUUCUACUGUUUAUGUGUUAUGGCCUCACACAAGAUCACUGAUUAAAUUUGAUGAAGUUUGGACUGAAGAGACUCGCAAAUGAAAUGUGAGCUCAAAUGGACAGCCAGUUGUUUUUUUUUUUUCGAUCUUCUUCAUCUCCGUUGCACUUUGACAUGUUAAUGUGGUUACUGUAUUUGAGUAUGGAAGCAAUAAUAGACUGUUACUCUGCUGCUGUUGAAACACAAAGGUUUCAGAGGGAGUCGUGAUCGACUGUGGACUGCAAAGCAAGCAGUACCGCUGAUUGAAAUUUUUCACUUUGAUUUUCAAGUCAUCUCAAAACGAUUUCGCACAUCUGUUUUAACGGCACUGAUUGCUGUCAGCCUUGAAAGUUAACAUAUACUUUGAUAACCAGACAUAGUCGAAUGUAAACCAAAAGAACGGUUGUUGUUUUUAGCAGCAGUAGUUAAUGCAUGUGCUGAAGGUGCAUUGUUUUGCUGUUUUAGUUGAAAUGUUGGUUUUGAAAAAUGUUGAAAAGAAGCAACGCUGCAGUGGAAAUGCUUCAAGCUAUGGCUGAUGUUUUUAAUAAAUUUUCUGAUCUGA